GCCAGUGGCAGGAGAAGGCGAGAAGAGGAGAAGCGCAGGUUCUUUUGCUUCCUCGCGUCCUCUCUUUUUGGACAUUUCCAAAUCCACCAGCCAACAUAUUAGUGCUCGGAAUGGAUCCUUUUACGGAGAAACUGUUGGAGCGGACACGGGCUCGCAGAGAGAACCUACAGAAAAAGAUGGCAGGAAGACCAAAUGCAGCAGAGCGCUCGAUAGCGAAACGAUUAAGAGAGCCUCUGGCUGAUGCAAAUAGCGUGAUCACGACAACGGUUAUCGCUGAAGUUCCUCAGACAUCCUCGAAACCUUCUCCAUCCAAGCGAAUGUGUUCAGCAGAAAAUGUUAAGCCCGCAGAGGGCGAAAAGAAUCCGAUGCAACCAACAACCCCUGUGCUCACAGAUCCCCCAACGGACAAGAAACCCCCUAUCGUCCCUGCAUGUGUCCGACCUUCAUCUUCUACGGGGGUGACUGAAUCCCCACUAUUUUCCCAGGCUCAGCCAGGAGAGUUAAAAACUGUUCAGGUAGAGUCAGAAAAGACUGAUGCGGCCGCUGCUUCAAAACUGCAGACGUCCGAGGUCAUUCCUGUUAGUCCUGCUGCACUGAAGAGCAAGGAAGACCCAGAGGAACAUUCAUCUCCCCUUGCCGGCAGUAUGAAGUCCCGUCUACAGAGGCUUGCUGAACAACGGAAAUUCUGGGAUGGCACCGACUUCAUUGCUGCAGACUCUGCACCUAUGUCCCUGAUGAGAAGAAAUGUUGAUGUCAAAACAACUUCAGGCACAACCAUGCCCUCAGAAACUCCAGUCGGGCGGAGAGAAAGAAUGGCCACACUUGCUGCCACUAUUGGAACUUGGGAAGAUGACUUAAGCCAUGUCAACUUUUCAAAAGAGGAACCCCCUGCAAAGCCUGCUGCAGCCUUUGGUCCCAAGUCAGCCUGUAGAGAUGCAAAUUUGGCUGCUUCCACUAAACAAAACACUGUAAAGCCUGUGAUGACCAGUUCAACCAACACCAAGUAUUCAUCAGUCUCAAAUCAGGCUGCGUACCCUUCAGCCAGGUCAAGCCCUCAGAAGACGGACACUCUUACAACCAAAUCAACCCUUCUAUCAAUAGCAAGCCCCCAGAAGACCUCAAUCCAGGCAGCAACUGUUUCACCAGUGUCCCCAUCUUCAGGACCACUGAAAAAUAAUGCUGUUUCCAGGGGUCCCAAUUUUACCUCGAGCCCUCAAAAACCACAGCUCUGUGCAAAACAACCUAUGUCCAGCUCUGCUGUCCCACAGGCAAAGGCGAAAGCUGUUGCUCCUGCAGGUGUACAGGUAAAGUCUUUCCUGGACCGAUUUGACGAAAGAUGCCAAGAGCGCACAAACUCCCCAGCAGGCGGAAGCAACCAGCCAUCCACAGUAAUUCAGUCGGUUACACCACACAAACCUGUGCAAAACAGGCUCAUAGGUGCCCAAACAUUAAAAACGACGACAUCUGAUCUAACCCAGAAACAAAAACUGGAGCGUGAGUCUGAGCUGGCACAGAUUCGGAGUCGGCUCCAGGGGAAUAAUUUGUGGAAAAUCAAAAAUGAGUCAGAAACCAAGAAAGCUGCAGACCUCAAGAAAAAGUUUGACAAACCUGUGGAUAGCAACGUUGCCUUGUUUGAGCCAAAAGAUGAACCGAAAUCACAUUUUGAGGCUGCGGAAACUCCUGUAAAGGCCAUUCCUCCAGGUUGUGGGUUCGUCGUCUCCACCCCUCCAUCCACAACUCAUCCAAUGAAAGCCGUUACCCCCAGAGACGAUGACCAAAUUGCUGAUAUGACGAAAGAUGAAGACAAGAAUGAAGACAUUGAGAGAGAGUUGAAUGUUGACCAGUCCAUCAACUCCGCAGUUAUCAAUGAUCUGUUUGAAGGGAUUCUGGAGCCGUGUGAGUACCAGGAUCAUGAGGAGGAAGAUGCCUUGAAUAUCUCUUCCAUGUCCCUUCUCACACCACUGGCAGCUGUCGUGAAGAGUCCAGAGAGGAUGAUGACGUCAACUCCAGCUAGUUCAUUCAUCGUGAAAAGUAACACUCCAGACAAAGUUUGCCAAACUUCAAAAUUCCAGAGAGCCAACACAAGGAGUUCCACAUCUGACAGCGAUGUCCCAGACGAAGACGCUAAAUUGCCAUACAGUAUUGAUGCAUAUAGGUCUAUUCGAGUGAAGGAGUCUGAGAAACCCAACAUUGAGCUGAUGGUGAAAAACAAGCAGAGCAGAGCAGAGGAACCACGAGGCUCCAGCUUGUUUGGCAUCAAACAGAAGUUAAAGAGUUUCACAAAUGACAUGAACCUGCAGCAAACCAUCAUCCACCAGGCCAGCCAGGCUCUCAACUGCUGCACAGAUGAAGAACAUGGGAAAGGAUCCCAGGUGGAGGCUGAGGCAGAGAGACUCUUGCUGGUAGCAACUGAGAAGAGGGAGGCACUCAAGACAGAGCUGCAGCGUCUGAAGGGUGAGGGCCCAGCGGGCCAGAAAAAAUACCCCUUUGUUUCAGAGCCCACAAGCAUCUCAGCUUCCAAGGGCUCCAUCUGGCUGCAAGAGUUCCGCUUGCCUCUUAAGGCAGACUUUGUUUGCUCGACUGCCAACAAGCCAGAAUCGAUGAAACAUUCUUUCUUCAUCGUGAUUCGGGCUGGAGCUGAAAACAUAGUGGCCACUCCCCUCGCAAGCACACACCAUGGGCUCAGUGGGGACACCCUAACCUUCCCGACAAAGUUCACCAUAUCUGAUGUAUGCAGUGAGUUUGCUAUUGACAUUGAAGUCUAUUGUCUAAUUCAAAAGCAUGAACUUAGCGCUGACAAGAAGAAGAAACUCAACAAGUCAAAGGUCAUCACCCCAAAGAGAUUUUUGGCUAUCACGAAAAGCGGGCAGACACCAGUUGUUGCAAGUCCAGGUGGCCCAAGCGCUGUUCGUACCAGUAACUUUGUCCUGGUUGGAUAUCACAAGCUCACUCUUUCUUCGAUUGGGCAAAACAAGUUUCCUUUGGAGAAGAUUCCAUUCCUGUGUCCUCUGGAGGGCCACAUCUACCUCAGGAUGCUGUGCGAAGUUGGCUCGAAGGUGGAGGAAAAAGGUUUUCUGACCAUGUUCGAAGAUGUUAGCGGAUUUGGAGCCUGGCACCGAAGAUGGUGUGGCUUAUCGGGAUAUCGUAUCUCCUACUGGACUUAUCCAGAUGAUGAAAAGAGAAAGAAUCCCAUUGGCUGUAUCGAUCUUGCCAACUGCACCACUAAGAGGGUCGAGCCAGUCAACCGAGAGUUUUGUGCCAGACCGAACACAUUCGAGCUUGUCACUGUAAGACCACAGAGAGAGGAUGACAAAGAGACACUAGUUAGUCAAUGCAAGAACACUUUGUGUGUUACCAAAAACUGGCUGAGUGCAGACACGAAAGAUGACCGGAAUUUGUGGAUGAAGACGCUAAACCAGGUUUUAAUGGAUUUGCGCAUGUGGCACCCAGAUGGCUGUAACAAGCCUCUGUAAUAAGCGCAGCGUGACUGCUGUUUUGUUGUUCUCAGUUCGGAUAGCACGCAAUUACUAAGUGCAAUCACAUGCUUUCCCACGCUAUGCUAGAUGACAUAUACAUGAAUAUGGAUAUUUGGAGUGACAGACUGUUAGAGGAAAAGCAAAGCAAGCCAUACAUUUGAAAUAUUCAACACUCACUACUUCUGUGGUACCCAUUGCCCGCCAUUAUGGAAUGUAUUCAUAAAUGUCAAUUUCCUUUCUUCAGUUCUAUGCGCAUGGUUUUAAACUUGUACUUGUUUGCAGUCUUUUUAAAUCUGUUUGUUCCCCUCUGGGGAUGAGGUCUGUUUCACACUACGAUUACUCAUAUGGCAUUAGACCAUACAUAUUUGAGCGUUUUCAAAAUCGGAUUUGAAAUUGGCUUAGAAAGCAAGGCGUCGUUACCAUCCGAUGUAAUCGCUCCUCUGUGAUUACAUAAUUUA